AUGCGCUCUGUAAUAACGGGGAAAGUUUUCAGAGGCGCCGACAUUCCCCCAGGUGGAUUAAGGAAGUCGAUGCUAUACCGCGAGGUUCCACUUUCAAUAGAGGACCUUUUCUACUCUCCCAGCGCCGCCAUAUACGACGAUACUGCCUCCAAGAUUGACAGCUACUUCAUAGCGGAGGCGAUUCGAACAGCAUAUCCACAAUCGGUUAAAUCUAUCUUCUCUAAUUCCGACAUCCCAUUCCCCGCUAUGCCAGCUAUCGAGCUACUCGAGCUUCGAAAGACAGAUAGUAAGACGCUCGGUCCGAUUCUCUUCAACGAAGGUACUCUAGAUGGCUCCUACGAGGUUAUAGAGAGUAUCUACAAGCACCAAUUCCAACUAGAUAAUAAGGAAUUCGACAACCGUCUGUUCUUGGCGUUUGGCGAUCAAAAAACCUCUUCACUCAUCCGAUCUAUGCAGGCUGAGCAAGUCGACGCGUCUAUGGCGUAUGAUAGAAAAGACUGGCUAGUAGGAGUCGCUGCUCUCUUUCACCUGCGCAUGAAUUUUCUAUGGCUCAUGCAAAAGACACAUAAUGGAAACAUGGAGCAACAGGAUGCUUCAACUCUCUAUCAUAACAUGAACUUCUGGGGACGGAAGAAUAUUCCAGCGGCCCGUGCAGCUUUUCAGGUUCUGGAAGAGCUGGUGCUUCACAGUUUCGACGCUCGGGUUGUUGGACUACUCUAUACUCGCCUCGAGCAGUGCGGCAUCGAUAUCUCGGAUCAAGAUGAGGUUGAUAAGGCAAUUCGGAACAUGAAUACCAGAGGCUUUAUGGACCUAGUGGAGGAUGUUCGCAGAUCCGCAUUUGAGCCGCAAGCCUGGCGACCGUCUAAGGAGAAGCAUGCCAACAACACAGUUGAUGAGGAGUUCCUUAGUCAUGCUCGAUACCUUCAACAAAUGGUUGUAUACAAGACCUUGAAGCACGGCAUCAAGAACGGAGAUGUAGGACUCAUCGAUCGAGUUAUUGGUGUCUGUUGCUUUUACUUCGAAGGGACUGGACAAUCAAACUACGCAUUCGAAAUGCUCUAUCUAAAGCGGCUCACUAGCACCAAAGCUUGUGAUAAGGAGCUUCGGCGCGUAACACUCUCGAAUAGCCUCGUUAAUCCGCAUGGCUGUCGGGAUACCUGGCAAGAAGUCGACCGUAGCCUUGAAUAUCUAAACCUGGAGCUAAAAAGAGAGCUUUGGGCCCGUCGAACGUCGACUUUCGGAUUAGAUGCUCUGUUCAAGACUACCUCAUUGACGGCAGAAUAUACUGUUUAUCUACGCAAGGCGAUAGAGAAAGCAUUUGCGCGGAAGGAAAGCUCCAAGCAUUCCGUGCCCUCUCCAGUGGAUGAUAUUCAUAUCCUGGCAUUUGAGUUGGCGUGCGAUUCGAUUAAAUUUUACCGGGGCGGUAGGCAAGCCACACAUCAAGCGCCGGACAUACACACUAUCGGGCUCGAAAGGGUGGCGACAAAGAAGCUAGAACUGUUUAACGCCAAGGUCACGAGAGAUGAAGACCGAAUAAUAGUGCCACCUUACGAGACGGGAGGAGCGACGGCUGAUCUAGAUCCCGAUAACGAUAUGAUGGCGAUACUACCCUUAGAAGAUAGAAAUAAAACCCACGAAUGGGGCUUACCUUCGGAUAUCGAGUCGGAGUAG